ACGCAGGCGUAGGGGGGCCCCUUUCGUGGAUACUCCGGGGCCGCUGGGCCGUUGCUACGAGCCGGUGGCGCCGGAAGGGGUGGGGCUGUUUCCGCAGCGCUCUGGGACGGACGCGUGCUUUUGUGGGUGAGGGCGCCGGCGGCCCAGCCUGGGGGAUGUCGCGUGCGGGCAGCGCGGUGAGGGCGGCCCCCGGCGGGGGCAGCGCGCUCUUCUCGGGCUUCCGCGCUCUCGGCCUUUACUCCAACCACCUGCCCCACGUGCUGCGCUACCACCAGCGCCACCGCGAGUUCUACCUGAUCACCGCCGCGGGGAGGAGCUUCCACACCUACAACGUAAAGAAACUUGGUAUAGUUGCUGUUAGUAAUGCUUUAUUACAAGACAUUACUUGUUUGGCAGCAGACAGAAUGUUGGUCUUUGCUUCAUAUGGCAAUCUUCUCCAUGCUUUUGCCCGGAACAAAGAGGUGGUUCAUAUAUAUGACGGUCACAAAGGAGAAAUUCGCCUUUUGCAGCCGUUUGGUGAUCAUGUCAUCUCUGUGGAUAUUGAUAACGUUCUUAUUGUUUGGGAUGUACAAUCAGAAGAAGAAUACCUACAACUGACUUUUGAUAAGGCUGUUUUUGCAGUUUCUGCCAUUAUGCAUCCAAGUACCUACUUAAAUAAAAUCCUCCUUGGCAGUGAACAAGGAAGCCUGCAGUUAUGGAAUGUAAAAUCCAACAAACUUUUAUACUCAUUUCCAGGAUGGGGUUUAGGGGGUGUGACAACCCUCGAACAGGCACCAGCAGUAGAUGUAGUUGCAAUAGGUCUCGUGUCUGGUCAUAUCAUUGUGCACAACAUUAAGUUUGAUGAAACACUGAUGAAAUUUCAGCAAGACUGGGGUCCCAUCACAGCAAUAUCUUUCCGUACAGAUGGUCAUCCAGUCAUGGCAGCUGGAAGUCCUAUUGGACACAUUGCACUCUGGGAUCUGGAAGAGAAGAAACUAAUUAGUCAAAUGCGAAAUGCCCAUUCCACAGCAAUAGCUGGUAUGUCAUUUGUCCAGGGAGAGCCACUUCUUGUUACUAAUGGUGCUGAUAAUGCUAUAAAGAUAUGGAUUUUCGAUGGCCCUGGAGGUGGUCGGUUUGUGAGGUGUCGUAUGGGACAUAGUGCUCCUCCAACAAAAAUCAGAUACCAUGGGCAAAUGAGACAACAAAUUCUUAGUGCAGGUCAGGAUGGAACCUUGCAGUCUUUUUCCACAGUGCACGAAAGGUUCAAUAAAAGUUUAGGACGUGGUUCCAUAAACAAAAAGAAAUCAAAAAGGAAAGGUCUUCUGUAUGAUACAAUGGCCCUUCCACCUAUUACUGCAUUUGCAACAGAGAUAGCACGUCAGAAUGACUGGGAUGGGAUCAUUGCUUGCCAUCAAGGUUAUAUAACUUGUACAACCUGGAACUACCAGAAAACUUCCAUGGGAGCCCAUAAACUGAAACCAAAAGCAUUCAGCAAAAACAAGCCUCUUGAUGUAUAUGCAACAGUAGUUGACAUUACUUCAUGUGGAAACUUUGCUGUAAUUGGGCUUUCAACAGGACAUGUAGAUGUAUACAACAUGCAGUCUGGCAUUCAUAGAGGACAUUAUGGAAAAGAAAAAGCACAUGAAGGUGCCAUUAGAGGGGUAGCAGUGGAUGGAUUAAACCAGUUGACAAUCACAGCUGGAAGUGAAGGAUUAAUUAAAUUCUGGAAGUUCAAGACCAUGGACCUAGUUUACUCUGCUAAUCUCUCUUCUUCUCCAAGUGCAAUGCUGCUUCACAGAGACAGUGGCAUUCUGGGAAUUGCCUCAGAUGACUUUGGCAUUAGUGUUUUGGAUGUAGAAACAAGAAGGAUCGUCAGGAAGUUCUCAGGACACCACAGCCAGAUUAACGACAUGGCUUUCAGUCCCGAUGGCCGUUGGCUAAUAACUGCAUCAAUGGAUUGCACCAUUAAGACUUGGGACCUCCCAUCUGGAUGCCUCAUAGACUGUUUUUUGUUAGACUCAGCAGCGAUCAGCAUUUCUAUGUCUCCUACUGGAGACUUUCUAGCUUCAUCACAUGUAGAUGAUCUUGGAAUUUAUCUAUGGUCUAACCGUUCCUUGUAUUCACUUGUUUCUUUACGGCCACUUUCAGCAGAUUAUGAGCCUUCUGUAAUAAUGCUUCCUGGAACUUGCCCUGCACAAGAUGUGGACAUCACAGGAGAUGAAGAAACAAGCAAUGAAAUGAUUGACUAUAAUUCACCAGCCCAAUUGGAAGAGCAGCUAGUGACCUUGUCAUCACUGUCUGAAUCAAGAUGGAAAAACCUCCUCAAUCUUGAUGUUAUCAAGAAAAAGAAUAAACCAAGAGAGCCACCAAAAGUUCCCAAGUCAGCUCCAUUUUUCAUCCCAACAGUUCCUGGUCUCAUACCACGAUAUGCUGCUGCUAAGCAAGAAAACGAUGGACAGCAGGUAAAGAUAAAACUGAAUAGAGUAGUAAACCUCGGAGUAUUGGCACAAAAAUCUGAUUUCUACGUUCAACUUGAAGAAGCCUUGAGCAGUAAUGAGUGUAAGUCAAACUAUUAAUAUGGGAUAAAUUAUCUAAAGGAAAUGGGACCAUCUAGUAUUGAGACAGAGCUAAGAGGCUUGGCUCCAGAUGCUGGUGGCUCUGUAGAGGUGAUGAAAAGCUUUUUGAGACUGAUUGGGACAAUGUUGAACACAAAGUGUGACUUUGUGGCCCAGGCAUAUCUUGCGUUGUUUUUAAAGUUGCAUCUUAAAAUCCUUUCUUCAGAGCCAGUCUUGCUGGAAGAAAUAGCCAAAGUGUCAACCCAACUAGAGGAAACCUGGAUCCAUUUACAGACUCUCUUCAAUCAAAGUCUGUGUGUGUUAAAUUAUAUGAAAAGUGCUUUGUUAUAAUGUGCCUUUGUUCCUAUUUAAGAAUGCUAAUGUUGGAUAAAAAUCCCCUCAGCUUGAUGGUACUUUUUACAUUGCAGAUAAGUUUCUGAUUCCAACAAUACAGCUUUUAUAUGUCUUUGUUAAUUAAUACAGAAUUCAAUAUUUAACUUUUAUUUAGCUCAUUUAAAUUCAGUGUCAAAAAUUGAACUUACAAAUUUUUAAAAUGUAAAGUGUCCCAUUAAAUGACUACUGGAGGCAAUGUAAAUUAUUUUUAGAGAUGAAUAAAAAUUAAGGACAAAUAUAGCGUAGCAAAGCUAUAGUAUCGUGACCAAAAACAUAAUGGGGCAGCAAAUUAUGAGAGAGAGAAAGCAAUAAACCUGCCAGUCUGUGUAUAGAAAAUACUUUGUGUUUGUUAGACUUAUGCUGUAGCUUAAAAAAAGCCAUUACUUUGUUAACAAAUGUUAACUGUGAGCUAAAAUAGUGAUACAGAAACUGCACAUCUCCUUGAAGCCAAAUUGUCAUUGUCAUGACUAAGUGCUUGCUAAAGCCAAUUUGAAGAAACUAGUUUGUUUUCACACUCUUGUAAAUUGUGUUCUUUUUAUUCAGAUCCUUUUUACUCAAGCAAAGAUUGCCAGCUGUAACAUCAAAGAUAGAAUGUAAAAAAAAAUUUCUUUUGCAUGUAUGAAAUUUAUUAUCUUGACAUUUUAUGAGACUCCAUUAGUGAUAAUGGGGAAUAAAAGCAUUCAGAUUGAUGUUCAUUGUUAGCAGCACUGAAUGUUAACUAUGCAAAUGAAUAUUACCCUCAGUAAAAAAGGUAUCUUAGUUUUUCUUUCAAAGAGAAUCUUGAAUUUUAAAAGGGUCUGUUUCAAGUGCUGCUGGUUCAGAAUAUUUCUAGAAGCCCAAGAAUGCUUUUCUGUUGGACAAGUUAGUUAGUUCAUUCUGUUUCAUGCACUACAGAUAGAAGCAUUGUCUCACUGAGUAGCUGGUGUGUAUAUGUAGUUUAGAAAAACUUCUGAUUAGAAGGGGCUGGUGCCCACCUAGGGCUGUGAUUUUGUCAUGGAGGUCUCAGAAAUUGUGAAUUUGAAUGAAGUCCAUGAACCAGAGUGGUGUUGCGACCUGUGCGCAAGAGUGCAGCACCACUCAGAUUUGGCCCGUCUAUCCCUCUAUCUCCAUCUGUGGAGGGACAGAUGAGCCAAACCUGAGUGGCAUUGCGAUCCCAUGCACCAGAUUGCAAUGCCCAGAGGAGGGAGCUGGGACCAGCCCUGCAGGACAGGAGCCACUACUUUGGGGUGAGUGUGAGUUCACUCUCCAACACACCUCCAGUCCCAGGCCUCACUUUUUAGUGCCCCCUGGCCUUGCCAUAAAUUUUUUUCCCUCAUCUCUGCUGUGAAAUUUACGCAAAAUUUCUGUGUCAAAAUUCUAAUCUUUCUUAUAUACCAUAUGACACCAUAAGUAUGAAACAGAAGUAAACUGAUUAAUUGCCAUAUAUGCAUAACUUUUUUCAUUCCACUAUAACCACAGACCUCAGUUUCAUUGUUUUCUUUUUAAGUAAUCUGUUCUAGAGCAGCUCAUGCUUAUUUAUCAAAGUGUGCUAUGCUACCUGAUGCAAGCUCUGCAUUAAACUUUCAGGGUGCAUGGGGGGGGUUGCAAAAAUGAGUUGAGAAAAACAAAUGUAAAUAUUUUACAAAAUUCAACAGAUAUUUUUCUCCUCUGUGUUCUGAAAAGCUGCCAAAUGUCAAAGCAUCCCUUCCUUCAGCCAGGAGAGGGUGUAGUGUUCAUACUUCAGAAGGUAUAACCUCUACAAAAUAAAUUGGCUGUCAGGAGAUAUUUGAAGAAAUGCGGCUGCUCUUAUUUGGGAUUUUUAAAAAAAGAUUUGACCUCUGCACUGGUAUCUGGGUGAAUUUCACUUAAAAAUGUGCAUGUGUACCACAAAUAUUUCUAUAUGUAACAAUAAUUUCCACCUUUUACUAAUAACCCCUGGUGAACAGAGGCUUUUUAUGGGCCACAACCAGAUUUUGGUAUUUCCUGUGCAACAGGUAAUGAACUCUGAAUGUAAAAAGCAGCGCAGAAGCUGAAUUCUGUGCAUGCAUUGUGUUCUGCCAAGCUGUUAAAGAGACAUAAAAUCUUGCCUGAGAGAGAAACUGAUUUUUUUUAAGUAUUCUUUUAAAUUUUCCUAUUCCUAUUCUUUCCUAUUUAUAAUUUAAAUCUGGCCAUAUAUUCUGAUACAGACAUGGGGUCUUGGUGUAAGUAAUCCUGCAAGAUGUGGAGUACUUCCUGAAAUGUGAUGAAUGUCCUCAGCUCACUUUUAUUGUUGUUGGCAAAUAGGAGGUCAGCAAAUUGCAAGAUCAGCUCCAGUUUUUAGUUAUGCUAGUUCUGUUUUUCAUCUUAAAAUAUGUUUGGUUACUUAGAAAUGUCUAGAAAUAGUUGAUAGGAUAUGUCUAGAGAGAAAUAGGAUUAUACAGCAGGAACUUAAACUGUACUACAAAAAUUUUUAAGUAGAAUUGCAAUUGAACUCCAUAGUUAGGCUUUUGCAUACUUAACUGAAUUGUGUUAAAUCACUCAACUGAUAUCUAAGCCUAGUAAUGUUGCAGCAGUGUAAGAUUAUAUGUCAAAUAACUAACAGUAGAGCAAAAAUAGCUAACUCUGAAGUAUUGAAAGAAAUAUAAAUUAGAAACCAAAGGCCUUUCUUAUUACUCAUCGUGGGGAGACUUAAUUGUGGACACAUUUGUGGGCUUGGUAUAGAAACAUUAGUAUGUGCAAUCCAUCUCUACCUGAAUCUGAUUGAAACAAUUAAUCCUUAAAUAGCAAUGAAGAGAAGUAUGCUUGGCCCAAUUGCUCCUCAUUCGGUCUCCUUCCCCUUCCUGAUUAGUAUUUCAACUCUAUGAACUGCUGAUCUUCCGUUUGUCUUUCUUUUUGGAAAGAGACAUGCCAUCCUACAACAACCCUGGAAGUACCUUAUUCGUCCUGCACAAUCACUUCCAUGAUUCCUUUAUGUGGGUAGGGUUUCAGAUUGGCUGCUAUUCCAUCUCCCUGGAGAAAGAUGACCUGGUCUGCCUUGGAAGCCAUUAAAAUGACAGUUGCCAGGGCAAUCCACUUGAAAGAGCUUUGUCUCUAAAGGUUAAUGAGAAGAAAUAAAAUCUGUUUUUAAAAUGGAAAAAAUGGCAGAAAAGGUUUAAAAUAUUUUCUUUCUUGCUGCCAAAAGUACCAGUACAUCUAACUAUAAUAUUACCACUUCCACCUUUAAUUGAAUUGGUUUGUUAGCACUGACCCCCCACUAGGUAAGGCAACUGCCAUCUUUUCAUGUGCUAUAACAUAUAUUCUGUUUACUCUAUUUUUCACUUUGUGCAUCUGAUAAAGUGGGUUUUAGCCCACAAAAGCUUAUGCCCAAAUAAAUUUGUUAGUCUCUAAGGUGCUACAAGGAUUCCUCAUUGUUUUUGCUGAUGCAGACGAACACGGCUACUACUCUGAAACCUAUAAUAUUACAGUGUGCAACUGAAUGUGUCAGUGGAACAUAAGUAGAACAAUGGAAAUACAGCUGCUGAAAUAGACGUACAACAGCGAACCUGUAUUUUACUUAGACAUACUUAAACAAAAGUGAGGGAGUGGAUGAUGGCUCAAAACAGCAGCAGCAAAAGGAAUGGGAUAUUUUCAUGUCUUUGUUGGUAAUCUAAAUUACCUGGGCCUGCAGUUGCACCUGCCCAGUUGUCAGGCAGCCAACGAGUGCAUCUGAGCCACAGCAGAACCAACUGAUUGGCGAAGGUAGUCAUGUGGCUUACUCUUAAACCCAGCAGCUGCAGAGGAUCAGUGACAGCUCAAUGCACAUGCCCAUGGAUUCUCUGCCUCCCUGUCUUUGUUUUUGCUUCAAGCCAUGUUCCUGUGCCGCUCCAGCCUAGACCCUGCCCUGUGCCCAGCCUUGUUCUAGCCUUGCUCCUGUGUUGGAACUAGCCCGACUUUUGCCUUCUCUGACUUCAGGUAAUCCAACUUCUGACCCUUGGCUGAUUCCUGGCUCUAACUCUCGACGCUUCACUCUUGCAUUUGGGACUUUGACUUCUGUUCUGACUUUCGGCUCCGAUCCCUGGUUGACUGUGCUCUGCUUUGACCUUGGGCUUUCGCAUUUGGAUGCUAAAUUCACUUAAACUGAAAGUAUAUUUCACCAAACAGCCAUAAAAGUCAGCCUUCUUCCAAUCUGCCUUUGGGUGUGUGUGGUUUUUGUUUUUUUUUGUUUUUUUUUUUUUAAGUGCUGCUCACUAAAGCAUUUGUUUGAGGCGGUGCUUGCUUGCUUCUACAUGUUGUGCCUACAUUUGGUUGAUUCAUGUAGUUAUUAACACAAUUUUUCAGGCUGGCUGGAAAGAGUGAAUACUGUAGUGAGGGUCUGGUGCUGGAAAAGAAUGGAUGUGAUUUGGUCAGGAUCUAGUGUACUCUACGGUUCCAUAACUGCGGAGUUUGCUUCAAAAUACACCUGGAUGGAAAAUUACACUUCAGAAUCUAAGCGCUUAUUUGAAAACAAAGUCUCUAGCCUCCUGAGUACGAAGGCAACCUAAAAACGUGAAAUAGAUGUGAUAGUGUCGUCUUCCUGAUUCUACUUACAGCCUCAGAUGAGUUCAGAGUUGUGAACUGCCCCAUUCACUCUAUGGAAUUUUAACACUGAAAUCGAAGGAAGUCAGUCUAAAAGUCAGUACUGUCUCUUCCAUUGUUGAUCAAUUUAGCACAAACAUCCAGCUAAUAUACUUGUCCCAAGCUUCCCCAUAUCAUCGUCAGUUGCAACAUCUUUCACAGUGUAAUAGCUUCCAUCCUGAGAAUUUCUGUGCAGUAGAUUUGAAUUGUCAGUUCACAUUUACUUUUUUCAAAAUGCAUAAGGAGACAGCAUAAGACAUUAAUAUUAAAACAUCAGGCCACUGGCCUGAGUAUAGUGCAUAUUUUAAUAUUAAUUAGAAAAAAACUGUUUUUAAAGUUGUGCAACAGCUGCAUUAAAAUCUGUCUCCUGUGCCACAGUACUAUAGAAGCCAGAGUCUUUGCUCCAGAAUUUAGAUCCAGCUUGCUGUGGAGUUCAGGAGUCAUUGCAGCUACCUAUGUGCCUCAGGUCUGGUGUACGCUUUAAAAUUAGAUUGACUGACCUACCCACCUCCUGGGUAGUUAGGUUGAACUAGCUCUCGGUGUAGACACAGCUAGGUCCACACAAAAAUUAUCUCAGAGAGGUAAAUUAACUACAUCAACACAAAAACACCUUUUGUUGAUGUAGGAAUUGUUCCCGCUACAGCUGCACUGCCGCAACAGCCGUAGUAUCGGCGUGGCAUCUGUCACCUGUGUGAAGGGGUGUUUCCCGCGAAACAUCUUGUGCGGGCCCAAAAUAAUGCUUGAUUAUUUUGUUUUGACUUUUCAGGGUUGUGAUUUGGCUAAAACCCUUUAGUUGGGUAUAUUUAAAUAAUCUGACUCUCAUCACUCUUCUGCUUCCACCUUAUUAAUCACCUCUACCUUUCCUUUUCCCUGUUGUUUUCCUUUUCCCUGUUCCCAGGGACCUCAGUUUAUGAUGUCCUCUUGUGUAGUUUUUCAGAUAGGGGUUGCAGUGGACCCUGGGUCAUUAUAAAUUGCUACCACCUUCGAUGUUCCUUGACGCAUGCUCUUCAAUAUGGUGCUAAAUGGGAGUGAACAGGUUUCUUUUGAGAGAUUAAACAAGAGCCUCUGCUGACUUGAAAUGAAUUGAUGCUUUUGAAUGAGUCAUAGAACACAACAGAGAAUUUUGGAGAAAAAUCAGCACGGCAUUUGGCUCUUCAUUUUCUAAGUGGGAUAACAAAUUAUAAUAAUCACAGAUGUGGUCAUUGGUUGCUACGUAUUUUCCUAAGAGUGACAGCAAACCACUUUUUGAAUAGCAUUGUCAGGAUUAGGUGUGAUGGACCGAAUUUACCACACUUGAGCCAUUCUUUUUAAGUGAGAAAUCUGAGAAACUGUCCCAGAUUGAAGUGUCAAUAGAGGAGAUUUUGGAAUAAAUUGAUAAACAGUAAUAAGUCACCAGGUCUCAAAUAUGAAAUUGCAGAACUAAUAACUCUAGUGUGUAACCCAUCACUUAAAUUAGCUAUCCUCCAGUCAUCUGGUACAGAAACUAAUGUGACACCAAUUCUUUUUAAAAGGUUGCAGAGGUGAUCCUGGCACUUAAAGGUCAGUGAGCAAUAACAUGCAAAUUGAUUAAAAACUAUAGUGAAGAACAAAAUUAUCAGACAUAUGGAUUAACACAACUUGUUGGGGGAAGAGUCAGUAUGGCUUUUCUAAAGGGAAAUCACUCCAAUCUAUUUGAAUUCUUUGAGGGGGUCAACAAACGUAUACAAGGGUGAUCCAGUGGAUAUAAUGUACUUGGACUUUCAGAAAGCCUUUGACAAGGUCAAUCACCAAAAUAAGCAGUCAUGGGAUAAGAGAGAAGGUCCUCUUGUGGAUCAGUAACUGGUUAAAAGUCAGGAAAGGGGGUAGAAAUAAAUGGUCAUUUUUCAGAAUGGAGAGAGGUAAAUAGUGUUAGUCCCUCCAGGGAUCUGUGCUGGGACCAGUGCUGUUCAACUUCUUCAUAAGUGGGGUAAACAGUGAGGUGGCAAAAUUUGCAGAUGAUCCAAAACUAUCUUGAAUAAUUAAGUCCAAAGCAGACUUGUGCAGAGGUACCAAGGAUCUCACAAAACUGCAAAACUGGGCAACAAAGUGGCACAUGAAAUGCAAUGAUAAAUGCAAAGCAGUACACAUUGGAAAAAUCCCAACUAUACAUACAAAAUGAUGGGAUCUAAAUUAGCUGUUACCACUCUCAGAGAACUCUCCCCAAGAUCUCUUUAACCACCUGCUUAAUGUGCAAGAGGAGUCAAAAAAGCUAACAAUGUUAGGAAAGUAUUAGGAAAGGGAGAGAGAAGUCAGAAAAUAUAAUACCCCUAUACAAAUCCAUGGCACGCCCAAACCCUGAAUACUGCAUGCAGUUCUGCUUGCCUCAUCUCAAAAAAAAGAUACCCUUCUCUAUGCCUUUUCCAAUUCUAAUGUAACAAAAAUGAUUAAGGGUAUGUAACAGCUUCCAAGUGAGGAGAGAUUAAUAAAUCUGGGGCUUUUCAUCUUGGAAAAAAGAUCACUAAGAGAGGAUUUGAUAGAGGUCUAUAAAGUCAUGAAUGGUGUGGAGAAAGUAAAUAAUGAAGUUUUAUUUAUGCCUUCAUAUAACACAAGAACUAGGGGUCACCCAACAAAUUUAAUAGGGAGCAGGUUUAAAACAUAAGGAAGUACUUCUUCACAUAACAUGCAGUCAACCUGUGGAACUCAUUGCCACGGGAUGUUGGAAAGGCCAAAACUAUAAUUCAUUUUAGAACCCCACUAGAUAAGUUCAUGGAGGAUAGGUCCAUCAAUGGUUAUUAGCCAAGAUGGUCAGGGAUGCAAUCCCAUGCUCAGGGUGUCCCUAGCAUUUGAUUGCCAGAAGCUGGCAGUGAAUGACAGGGUAUGGGUCAUUUGAUGAUUGCCUGUUCUGUUGAUUCCCUCUGAAGCACCUGGCAUUGGCCUCUACCUGGAACAUUGGUCUGAUCCAGUAUGGCUGCUCUUAUGUUCUUAAUUGGCACACUUGUUGGUAGUUACAAAAAAUGGAAAGGAUAGAACAUGCAUGGAGACUGAAUUGCCCUCUCAACUUUAGGUAAGUGAUGAGGCCACAGGAAUAAGCUUGCAUGGCCAAUGCCAAUGCAGUGCCUGCUUUGUGGAUAAAUGACUUCACUCUGUGCUUUCUAUCCAAGCACCUUUUGCAGCACUAAAUUUACCCAAUUUAGAAAAAAAAAAAAAGUUUGUUUCCAAAUCUGUACUGAAAAAUAUAUUAACAUUUGUUGGACUGGGACCCCAACAGUGGUAGUUCUUUAGAGACCAAAGUAACAUGUUAAAUCCUGUUCCACGAACCCCUCCUUCCAACAAGAGGAAAAUUAUUCCAUCAGAAUUCUAACUUCCCACGUUGUAUUGCAAACUGUUGGAUCCUAAAUGAGAUCACUUUUUCUGGUUAUUUUUGCAACAUUCUGUCCAAAUGUUUGUAACAUAGUUGGUGGAACAGCUUCUAACUUUCUACCUAUAAGAGAAAAUGUCUUCAUAAGACACAUCAUGCUAGUUUAUGUUCCUAGAGUCCAGAGACAUAGGGCAUGAAAAUCAUUGAAUCCAUAUGAGUGAGAGAAGUCAGUUGUCCAAUUUACCGUUAUGUAGACUGACUCACUUACAAUAUAUGUCAUCAAGUGAUAUUUGCUUUUAUCUUGAUUAUGUUAUAAGAAUGAGUUGUUGCUUUAAUCAUGUAUUACAAAAAUAUAACAUAGAGGUGUUGCUGUGUUAA